AUGGCUAGCUUCGCGUCGCAGUCCGGACAUGGCUUCUUCGACAAGAUCGCAAGCCGCGUGGAGGAGGUGGACUCCCUGCUUAUGGUCGGUCUGGAUCCCCAUGCCGCGGAGCUAGGUGAGGGCAACAACCACGCCGCGGGGGCCAAGGCUUUCUGCCUCAGGAUCAUCGCGUCCACCUCGACGGUUGCAGUGGGCUACAAGCCAAACGCUGCCUUUUUCGAAGCCUUUGGGGCGGAAGGCGUGGCCGCUUUGAAGGAGGUUAUCGCUGCCGUGCCGGAGGGCAUCCCGGUCCUGCUCGACGCCAAGAGGGGGGACAUCGGGACGACGGCCGCCGCGUACGCCUCUGGUACCUUCGAGGAGCUCGGUGCCCACGCCAUUACAUUGAACGCGUACAUGGGCGUGGACACCGUCGACCCUUUCCUCAAGGAUCCCGCCAGGGGGGUGUUCGUGCUGUGCAAGACGUCGAACAGGAGCUCGAACGAGCUGCAGACGCUCCCGGUGGGAAACAGCGGCAAGGCCCUGUUCGAAGAAGUGGCUUCGCUGUGCCAAAGUUGGAACAAGGACAACAACGUGGGUCUCGUGGUUGGAGCUACUGAUCCAGAAGCUCUCGCCCGCGUACGAGCUGCCGCCCCGGAUCUGUGGAUCCUCGCUCCAGGCGUCGGUGCCCAGGGUGGAGACCUCGAUGAGGCGUGUUCGGCGGCGUUAGACGAGAGGGGAAUGGGGCUUCUCGUCCCCGUUUCCCGAGGCAUCAGCAGGGCAGAUGACCCCGCGGCGGAGGCGGUGGCUCUCAAGGACCGGAUAAACGCCGCCAGGAAACGGUGCACGGAUCAGCGCAAGGAACCAGCAGCAGCAGCAGCAUCGACAACAACAACGGCGUUGCUGCCGUACCAGCGAGAGUUCAUCGAGUUCUCGAUGUCGCACAAGGUGCUCAAGUUCGGCGACUUCUCUGAGGGGGGAGAGGCGUUCUUCGAGCUCAAGUCCAAGCGCCAGUCCCCUUACUUUUUCAACGCCGGCCUCUUCUGCAAGGGGAGCGCGCUCGCUAAGCUGGGCAAGUUUUAUGCCGAGGCGAUCAUGAACGCUCGCCCUCGGCUGGAGUUCGAUGUCGUCUUCGGCCCCGCCUACAAGGGUAUUCCCCUAGGUGCGGCGGUCGCCUACACGCUGGCGGACCUGCACGACAGAGACAUCGGCUUCUCCUACAACCGCAAGGAGCCCAAGGACCACGGGGAAGGGGGAUUGUUGGUCGGCGAAGACCUCAAGGGCAAGCGCGUGCUGGUGGUGGAUGACGUCAUCACGGCCGGGACAGCUAUUCGAGAGGCCUUCGGGAUUUUGCGCAAGGAGGGCGCCACGCCAGCUGGAGUCGUCAUCGCUUUGGACCGACAGGAGAAGACCGGCGCGGAAUCGGUGAUAGGCACCACCUCCGCGGUGCAGCAAGUGGAAGAGGAAUGCGGGGUCCCGGUGGUGAGCGUAGUUGGAAUGUCCCACCUCACCGAGUACAUGGCUUCCAAGGAGGACGCGACGCCUGGCGCGAAUGCCCAGGCGCUGGAAGCAAUGAGGGCGUACCGUGCCAAGUACGGCGUCGGAUAG